UUGUCGUUUCUAGGUGCCUCCGCCGCCGCCGACAUCACUGAAUUUGGCAAUGAGGCGCUGCCGGAGCCGGCUGAAAUCAGAUGCCCUCCUGACUCGUUUCAAGGCAGCAAGGCCAGCUCAAGAAACCCGUCGCCACCUCCGGCAUCGUCGAUGAACAGGUAUUCUAGCAGCGUUGCCGACUCGAUAUCUGAUUUUCCAAGAGAGGGUAGUGAGGAAGCGCCGGUCGGAUACGCGCAAUGCGAGAGCGGCGAGAUUUCGCCGUACUCUGAACGCGCCACGCCGACGUACAUGAAGUGGGCUGUGGAUCUUCAGUACAUACUUGAGGACUUCGAAGAGAAAGGAUUUGUUCACUCCGGUGAAAGGCUGAAGAAUCUCGAAGAAGAGAUCAUUUCUAUCGUUGGCUUUAUUAUCCACAACAACAUCUAUAAAUCUCGUCGUAACUUGGCUGCCUGCCAUGCUUUGGCAGUGAAAGGACUGAAGAAAAAGCCGAUCGUUUAUAUGAACCAUCUGGAGGUGAAAGCCCUUAAGGAAUGUUCGCCAGAGUUCCAACUGCUGCUGCAUGUUCGAUUGGUUGAUGACAUUUUCCUAUUAUUCCAACCAAAUGAGGAUGAACUAAAAAGGUUGGAAUAUUUCGUGAAUUAUAUGAAUGGACAAGAUGAAAAAGGCCGAAUACACUUUACUACGGAAGUGGAGGUUAACACUCUGUAUCUUUCUGGACGUGCUUGUGAAGAGGACCCCAUCGUUUUGAUUUCGAGGUUUUCGUAUAUCGGAAACCAACACACUCAAAUCGACACCCUGCGUCAUGAGUUCCUCCUAGGUUACUUAGGAAUGUGGUAA